AUGGGCGACACCUUUGACCUGCGGCUACUGAAGCUGUCGUUGGGCGAGACCAGAAGAAAUCGGUCCAUCAAAACUCUGUACGGAGACAAGGCAUGGGUGGAUGAUUUGGAUAUUGUCAAUGAGCUCGGAGCUCACACCGGCUGCGUCAAUGCUCUCUGUUGGUCGACCGGUGGCAACCUUUUGGCUUCAGGCUCCGACGACACCUAUCUCAACAUCUGGGAUUACAACCCUCCCGGAGGUACGAAACCGUUCUCGCUGAACACAAGUGUGAGCACCGGUCACCAUGCAAACAUCUUCUCCGUCAAGUUCAUGCCCCACACGGGCGACCGGACUGUUGUCACUUGCGCCGGAGACUCCGAAGUCCGCGUCUUUGAUCUUGAAUACGGCGGCGCUGCCACCCUGAGUAGCUCGGGCGACGCAGGCACAAGGAGUCGGAGGUUCAACAAGUUCUUCCCGAAUGCGAAGUGGCUAAAUGAAGGGAAUACAAACUGUCGGGUGUACCGGAGUCACGCGGACCGUGCAAAGAGAAUCGUGACCGAGUCGAGCCCAUACCUGUUCAUGACCUGCUCUGAGGAUGGAGAGGUGCGUCAAUGGGAUCUCCGGCAGCCGUCAUCAGCGUAUCCUCCUCCUUCUCGGGAAUCCCGUGGUCUCACGCGAUUUCGCCAGGGAUCCGAAAGCGACAGCGGCGAUGCUCCUCCACCCCUCAUCUCUUACAAGAAAUACGGCCUUGAUUUGAACAGUAUCUCCUGCGCGCCCAGUCAGCCACAGUAUAUUGCGCUAGGCGGGGCGCAUCUUCAUUGCUUCCUCCACGAUAGGCGCAUGCUUGGUCGAGAUCUGGAUUCGGAAAAGGGCCAACCUGCCACCCGAAGGCCUACCGUGGGCUCGUCCCAGGACAUGGCCAUGGCCGAAGCAACUAGAUGUGUUAGACGAUUUGGACCCAACCACAAGCGCAAGAUGGGGCCCCAUGAUCAUGGCCAUAUCACGGCCUGCAAGAUCAGUGAUGCCAAUCCCAAUGAGCUUGUAGCAUCUUGGUCUGGAGAUCAUAUCUACAGCUUCGAUAUCGUCAAGUCCCCCGAUGCGAGGGAAGCCGAUGCUCGAGCCAACGAGGAGUUUCAGGCCACUCGGCUCAGAAACGUCUCGGACCGCAAGAGGAAGAGGGCGAAAGCAAACGCCUCUUCCAGCAGUCUUGGGGAUGCAGCCACUCCCAGCAGGCGUCUACGAAGGGUUCCAGAUGAUCGGCCAGAAGACGGCCAUACUGCUCUCCUCGCGAGGUUUGCUGAUGGAGAGUCCGAACUUAUCCCAAUUCCCAAUGCGUCCGAACCUGCCGCUGAGUCACCUUCAGCUCAUGAGCUUCUGCUCUCAGAAGCUCAGAGAUCGAGCGAGCGAGUAGCAAGAUCACUCAGCGCACUGCGCAAGACUUUGUUUGACUUCUCUGCCUCGUUAAGCGUUGAUAUUUCUGCGUCCAUGGAGGCAUCUCCCGACCUUACACCCCAUACAGCGGCGUUCACUAGUGCCCUUGGCCAAUGUGCCUCACUACUUCCCCAAAUGGAUGACGUUAUCCGUACGUGGUCAUAUCCGAUAAACCCGAGUGAGGAGGACGUCACUCUGCAAAACACCUUGAGAAGAAAUCGACAGUCGAGCUGGCGAUUUGUACAAGCGGCUGGCUGCUUGGCUCGCACACUCGGUGGCCGUCUGCAAAGUCUUGGUGCUGCCUCAGACGUUCGGCUUGCACACUUCGACCAGGUCAGACCUGCUGCUCACGAAGGUAAGAACAUCAGCGACGAGUCGAGGUUCUGCUACGACUUCCUGAAAGCGAUUCUUCUGUGGUUGGACGGUGGGCAAUCCGCCGUAUUGCAAGGAUUCAAACGGCCACCCAAUGUGAGUGCCGAGAGUCCUCGAUUUCCUCUCGAUCAAGAGGACACUGUGCAGACCUUUGUGCCCAAACUAGAAGGCUACCUCUUGGACCUCGCAGAUGACCACACGCCGAUCGUGGACCUUGACACAAAUCGCUUCGAGCGAGAUGAGACUCGUCAUGUUUUUGAAAGUCAGAAGUCGGCCGUUUUGGCUUUCACGAGAGCCCUCGGCAACAUCGAGUUGGUGGCGAGCCAAGGUAUGUCUGAGACUCGAGCGGACCUCUCGAGGCCCGCCGCGACAAUACGUGUUAUGGAUAAGGGCGCGGCGGCGAGAUUUUGGGGCGUCAAGGUAGGCCGCUCCUUGCUCAUGCGUGCCGCGGAAGGGGUCACCUUCGACUUUGUGAAUCGAGCAUUUGGAGGAAUUCGACUUCAUUCGGCUGGUUCAGAGAUGGAAGAAGAGCGGCCACAAGAAGACAUUGACCCGUACGAGCAGGAACGAGUUGUCGAAGCCAUCGACAUCGUGAGAACCCAGCCUGGAGAGUCAUCAUCAAUGGCAUCACGGCAAACCGCUCGUGAGACCAUGGAAGGAUCCGUCCAGGUGGAUGCUGCAACGGGCACUGUCAUAGUCCAAGUCGGAGAUGAAGAUGAAGACCCCAACGAGAGCGAUGGUUCUGAUUCAGACGCCUCAGACUCCGACGAAGAUGACGACGGUGGGGGAGCUGCCCAACGUUCGUUCUUCCGAAGACGGUUGGGAUUUCCCCGGUAUGGCGAACGAACUUCGGUGAAUCUGCAGGUGCCGUACUCGUCACACACCAAGGUUUACAAGGGCCAUUGUAACACACGUACAGUUAAGGACGUGAAUUACUAUGGCCUCAAUGAUGAGUAUGUUGUCAGCGGCUCGGACGACGGAAAUUUCUUUAUCUGGGAUAGGAAGACGUGCAGGAUCCUUAAUAUCCUGGAAGGAGACGGCGAGGUUGUCAAUGUCGUUCAGGGCCAUCCGUACGAGCCUAUGAUUGCCUGCAGCGGCAUUGACAGCACCGUCAAAAUCUUCGGUCCUGGAGGUGGCAGUCGAGAACGCGAGGCGGCAGAGAAAGGGAUCGACAUUGCCAAUCCCGGCGGAAGUGUCCAUUCCUCGCUCAGAUUGGGGGGUCGACGAAGCCGUCGCGCUCACCUUGGGGACGACGACAGCGACGAGGGCGAGGAUGGAAACGGGGCCGUGUCGUCCAAUGGACUCACAAGUCGUCGAGCAAUGCAUCGCAGCUACGAGAUCACCAGUCAGAACGACGUCGAACGGAGGCGCAGUGCAGGAGACACCUUUGUCACGGUAGGUUCCAUGGAAGAGCUGUUGGUCAGGGCAUGGAUUAUGUCGAGUCUCCACAUGAUUUGA